CUUCAGCUUCAGUCUCUCACCUCAUCAAAAACACACACAUUUUCACCUUUUGAUUCGUCAACAAUGUCGAUGAAUACAGCCAUUUCAUCAUCAUCUAGGGUUCUGUUGAAGAAACCAGAUAUAGAUCUGGAUUCGGUGCCCAAAAACACGAUUGGCUCUGUGAAAAUUCCGUGUUUUUCAUCGUCGCCAUCCUCUGUUUUGAGCUUGAUGUCGAAGGUAAGAAGAGGAGCCGUUCAUUGUGCUUCGAUGGUGGAGGAAAAGAGUCCGGUGUUGAGUAGUGGGGUGCUGUUUCAGCCGUUUGAAGAAGUGAAGAAGGAGGAGCUCUUAGUCCCGAUAUCUCCUCAGACCUCACUUGCACGUCAAAAUUAUUUCGAUGAUUGUGAAGCUGCCAUCAACGAGCAAAUCAAUGUUGAAUACAAUGUCUCCUACGUCUACCAUGCUCUGUAUGCAUACUUUGAUCGAGACAAUGUAGCCAUGAAAGGAUUUGCCAAAUUCUUCAAGGAAUCAAGUGAUGAAGAAAGAGAACACGCAGAAAAGCUAAUGAAAUAUCAGAAUAUGCGUGGUGGAAGAGUAAAGUUGCAUACCAUAGUUGGGCCACCUUCAGAGUUUGAGCAUGAAGAAAAGGGAGACGCUUUAUAUGCAAUGGAGUUAGCAUUGUCCUUGGAGAAACUAGUCAAUGAAAAACUUCUUUCUUUGCAUUCGGUGGCCGAUACAAACAAUGAUCCACAACUGGCAGAUUUUAUUGAGAGUGAAUUUCUAGCAGAACAGGUUGAAGCAAUAAAGAAGAUUUCAGACUAUGUGUCUCAAUUGAGAAGAGUUGGAAAAGGCCAUGGGGUGUGGCAUUUCAAUCAGAUGCUUCUUGAGGAGGGUGUUUGAUUGUACCUUUAGCAUAAUAAGUUGUACUUGGUGAUUGUUUUGUGUGGUUUUAUAGUUAAUAUUUGUGGUUGUAGUACUUAUGGCAGUUUUUAAUAUAUAAGUUAGAAACGUUAAAUAAA